UCGGGUUGGCCAGGAGCACUUCAUUCAGCGUGUCAAUGGGCUGGGCCAAUAACUAAACUAAAUGGGCCACACGACUGCCACCAGCCCAAAAUGACUGUCUUCUUCCUCCAGCCGGCGAGCAGACAGAUCGACGGGUAGGCGGCAAGUGCUCGGCUGCUCCAUCGCCAGUCGCCUGGAACGCCAUGGCGCCAUGGGAGGGGCAGGGGAGGGGGUCUGCUCCGCCGAUAGCUGGGGCAGCUGCCCCACCUUGCGUGAUGCAGAAGCUCGCCAUCAUCGCCGUCGAUCUCCUAACCGCCAACGCCACCAGCACAUCAACACAGAUUGGUAAUCAGCUCAAGAAAGAAGACAACAUAGGAGGUCCCAUGAGGUGGUGCCUGCAGGCGUGCCAGGCGCUGUACGGUAGCAUGCUGCAAAUGCAGCCUAGGUGCUCGGAUCUAGUCAAGGACUUCCGGUACGGCGAGGCGAAAUCUUGCCUGGGCCAAGCGGCGAGGGAGGCGGAGCAGUGCGAGGCCGAGUUCGUCAGGAGGCGUGUGGCGUCGCCACUGACGGUAGAGGACGGCUGCGCGUUCAAGCUGGCCAAGCUUGCAUCAGCCUUGCUCCAACAUGCUGGUGACUGAAAAACUAUAUUGAUACUGUACCUCUUCUUUUCCGUCAGAUGCAUGUGCUGUAACAGAUGCAUUUCUGA